AUGGCGCCAAAGAAAAACAUUCUCCUCGUCAUAGCAGACGACAUGGGCAAAUCCCUUGGCUGCUACGGCGAUUCUACCAUAUCAACCCCCAAUAUCGACCAGCUAGCCUCUGAAGGCACGCUAUUUGAUAAUGCUUUUGCCAGUACAGCAUCUUGCAGCGGAAGCCGAUCGGUCAUCUAUACGGGUCUCCACACGCAUCAAAACGGACAAUAUGGCCUGCAGCACGCCAAUCACCAUUUCAUGACUUUUGAUCACAUUGACUCUGCUCCUAAACUCUUCAACAAUCUUGGGUAUCAAACCGGUAUUGUCGGCAAAAUUCACGUCGGUCCUGAGCAUGUGUAUCCGUGGGAGGUGCGAAGAGAAAGCCCAACCCGAGACGUUUCUUGGGUUGCCGAACAGGUUGAUUUGUUCUUCCAGUCAGCGAAAAAUGAUUCUAGGCCAUUCUUUUUGACUGUGGGAUUCAUGGACCCCCAUCGGGACUCAACUCGCGGAGGAUUUGGCAACGGUGAUGAGAGCGUAUCAGGUCCAGAUGCGACUUACGAGCCUGCGAAAAUCACCGUUCCAAGUUUUCUCAAUGAUAUUCCUGAAGUCCGCCAAGAGAUGGCCGAGUAUUAUCGCUCUGUUGGUCGAGUUGAUCGAGGAUUUGGUUCGAUAAUGGAGGCCUUGAAAAAGGCUGGUUUCAUCAAUGAUACGCUUGUUGUGCUGACAAGCGACAACGGACCGCCGUUUCUCAAUUCAAAGACAACUCUCUAUGAUGCAGGUGUAAGAUUACCUCUAAUUAUACGAAACCCUCACGGAAAACAAGGCGUGAGGAAUCCAAAUCUCAUAUCUUUCAUCGACCUCCUGCCAACAUUCCUCGAUUGGGCGGGUCACAACGCUGCCACACCUUCUGCCUCGGCCUCCCCUCCUCGGCUAGGCCGCUCCGUUCUUCCGAUUAUUGAUGAAACCAAUAUAAAUGAUGCCUGGACAAGAGUAUUUGGAUCCCAUACUUUUCACGAGGUCACAAACUAUUAUCCAACACGAUUCAUGCGCACAUCGCGCUACAAGUACCAUCGCAACAUAGCUUGGAAGCUCGAUUUCCCAUUCUCAACCGAUCUCUACGCCUCUCUAUCAUGGGAAGGCAUUCGCAAUUCCCAGUUCCCUUUGAAAGUCGGAGAGCGUUCCUUGGAAGCAUACAUCCGCCGACCUCCAGAAGAGCUGUAUGACAUGCAAGAAGACCCGAGAGAAGUGAUCAAUUUGGCAGAUCGUCCAGAAUACAGAGAGAUUCUUCUGGGAUUUCGGAGAGAGCUGGAGGACUGGCAACGACUGACGCAAGAUGCAUGGCUGGUACGAGACGGGGUAUCGUUAUCCGAGAUGCAAGGUCAUAUCGAUGCGGGGCUGAAGAUUCCAGAUCGAUUUGACUUUGACUUGGCGGCACCUGGAAAUACGCAGGCAUAG